GUUCAUCUGGGUUAAACCGGCCGGCGGGUCAGAUACGAAAGUAUGUAGCAGGAUGAAGAUUUGAUCGUGGCUUACAUGACGCUUGUUUUCUCCGCGGUAGCACUACUUCCUUACUACAUCUAUCCGAUACGCCAUUCUUAUUUUCUUUGAGGAUCUUCUCCAUCCCGUUCCUUUCUAAAGCCUCCGUGGCCAGCGCAUGCUUCUCGUUGGUCGAAAAUGCUGUUGUAGGUUUCGCGAUUCUACCAUCCCGCACUCUCCGCAGGAAAGACAUAGCUUCCUCUCUGAUCGAGCCGAGCAUUCCCGCUUCCUGUUCUUAUAGAUACUGAUAGGUAAAACAAAUAACUAUACCGUAAGCAUAGUAGCCUCGUCAAUGUAGGCUUCAGUCAAUUCUUUCCUUCUUGUGGGUGGAUGAAAUCAAAAAACAAAUGACAAUUUUGCGACGCGAUAAAUCGCGUAUUUAUCUGCGCUCACUGUGCUUGCCACACCGCCUUUUGAUUCUGCCGCUCUCACUGUUCUCCAUAUGAGCAACCAGGAAAUCCGUCUGUGAAUAACAUUGGAAGUUCAGAAUAUAUACCGAAGUUGGAUGGCGGAGAAACCGGAAUCCGCAAUUCCUCCAAUAUUCAUCCAUGCGCUGGUCAGCUCGCCUUUUCUCGGCUGCUGGACAGCCGCCGCGCAGACCCAGAAAGCAAACCAUCAGCCUCGAGCAUUUCGUUCAACGAAAGCGAGCACUGAGCUCUGGCGUGAGAUUGUGCGAGCUACAAAUAGGAUUCCCAAAUCCAGCGCAAGAGAUGAAAUGCGCUCUUUUGCUCGGCAUGAAUUCGAGCGAAGUAAAGAUGUUACAGAUCUGACUCAUAUUAGGUACCUAAUCUCGACGGGGAAAACGGAGUUUGAUGCCAUGCGGCGAUAUAUCGAUGAAUUGGCGGCAUGAUUAUCAUGUUUGAAUGUAAAACUGCACUCGCCAAACCUACACCGCUAGGAUCAGGAACGCCUUGUGUAAAAGUGAAAAAGGGAAGAUGCGCAAGUAUGGAAGCAAGGGUGGAAUACCAUGGCUCAUUGAUCUAUUUUGACUCGAUGUGUGUGUUAUACAUGCAAUACUGACUAGGGUCUUCGUACCUCGAUCGUCAGAGGAAAAUGUAUGGUAGUUACAAAUACUGUAAUACUGAUAGUACUAAUCAUAAUAAAAAGAAGAGAUGUAUUUCCAUUUGAA